AACGUAACAAGAAAUAAUCAGCUGAUCGAAAACGUCACAUGGAUUGCCUAAUUGUAAUUUUUGGGUUAGUGUUCAUAUUGUAGAUUCAAACUAGACACAUCAAAUUAUUUGUGCUUUCACUACUAAUGGUAGUGUGUUGUUCGGAAAAUAUUAAACGAAUUAAAGAAGUAAUGGACGUCGCAUACUUUCCCAUAGAGUUUCAAACAGGUACUCUGUCGAGUGUUCGAUUUUCUUUCCUGGAGUGAGAGAAAACGCGUUUCAUUGGUUUGUCGACGGUGGAAUGGGAUCAUUAAUUCGGAUCGAUAUUUUCGCCAGACCAAGCUCGUGCUUUACAACUACUCCAAAGUGCAGUUCUUCUCCGGAGUUGAUGCGACUUUACUAAAUACGCAGAAGAAUAUUGAAUUUCACUCGAGUGCAAUGCUCGAUACGAAAGAGUUACUAGGGGCAAUCGCAGAAUCCUUUCCAAGUGGAGAAGCAGCAGUGGAAUCUAUUGAUUUGUUGUUGAGAUCAGACCAUGAACAGCUAUUCAGUUUAGUAAUACGAAGCUUACCCAAUCUAAAACAACUUAAAAGUUUGAACAUUUUAGCUACUGAAGGAUUCAAAACCUUCAAUAAUGAAUUAGUGAUAAAAAACGAUACGCUACAGAAACUGAAAUUAUCAUUUUAUCAAAGUGCAGCAUGCCAUGUGCUUGUUCCAAAGCUCACCUCUUUAAACUUAGUAGUUAGAUAUCCAAAUAAUGUAAUUUUAUUGAAGUCAGUUUGUUCGCGUCUAAGAGAGCUGACGAUAAAUUUUCAAUCCAAAGAUCUAGUCCCUAAAUUGUUUUUGUGCAAUUUUAAUAAUCUGGUAAAGCUUCAUCUAUCAAUUGAAAAUGAUAAAUAUUUACCGUAUACCGUUGCUCCUGCCAACGUAAACUGGAAUGAAAUUAAAGUUUUUCUAGAUACCAUAAAAAAAUUAAAAUAUUUAGAAGUCGUCGACAAAUGCAACAUGCUACGACACAAUUAUUUGAAAGUGUUCACCUCUGCAGAAUCGCUUACACAUCUUACCAUCAAUUACAUAAUUUUGGAUGCGUCCAUAGUAGAAUUCAUUUCUAAUUUCAGAGAUUUGCGAUAUCUCAAUCUACGCGGAUGUUCGACGACAGGUGAACCCAUUAUUCUGGACUUACCUUUACUCCAAGAGCUGCUAAUGCCAUACAAACAUUAUUCUACAUUGCCCUGUGCGAACCUGAGCCAAUUGACAACGUUGUCUUAUAGUAGCUCUCAAAAAAAUCACGCGCAAUUUAUACAUGUUAUUACGAAGACAUUUACUAAUCUUACAACGCUCAACUUGUUGAACUUUGACUACGAGUUGUCGUGCAAUUCAUUCCAGUUUUUAGAUCGGCUACAGGCGCUCAAUACACUCACGAUUCGGGAUAUGUCGGUACCGCAUGAACUUUUCAUCAAUUGUCCCAAACUGCCAUCUUUAAAGAAGCUUGUGUUACAUACCAUCGUUACGGAAAUCUCUCUAUUGGAAUGCGUACCGGAAAAGUUUCCAAAUAUGUACAAGCUGAAUAUCGAUAACUGUUUCUUUUACAUUUUUGCCAACGACAACUCAAAGGAUCAAAACACGUUUGAUCACCUAAAACACCGCAUGCCUUUUUGCCGUAUUUCCACGAUCGCAUCGACUAUUUUCACAAAUGAACAAUACGAUGAAAACCCAAUUUAUAUUCCAGGAUAGAGUAGGUUUAAUUAUUAAAUAGUUCGUUCAAUCGUUAAGUAA